AAAAAUAAAAAAAAUCCAUCUUCCCAAAAGCUUUAACCGUUUAAGCUCGAAAACGCUUAUCGGUCAUAUUUCCUUUGCCAACGACCAUCUUCAAUCCCGAUCACCGAUCAACGUGUAACGAUUCAUUGACUCGUGUAACCAUCGUCAACUCCGAUCGUUGCAAGCCCAAAAAAAUGCUUCCAGGAAUGCAAUAAGAGUUGCCCGCCCGUUAUCAAAAACUAGACCGUCUGUUGUGAGAACAAGAAAAUCAUGAUGGAUGGCAGUUUGAACUCCGGUGGCCUUGUGAUAUCCAACAAUGAAACAAUCCAUUCUUACCUUCGUUCAGUCUCUGAAGAUCAAAGUCUCUCUGAUGACCUUCGACAGACUGCUUUGAACCUCUUGUCCAAGUCCUCCAUUCCAUACAAAUCCCUCAGGCUUCUCUGGUUUGCAUCUGCCUCUGCCACCAGGCCGAAGCUUCUCGAUCUCUUAUGGGGCUCUGAUUUUGUCUUUUCCAGCCCUAAACCUAGGGAGAAGAGCGAGGAGUUAAAAGCCAGAUUGAAGAAGCUUGAAGAUUUGGCAGAACGAAAGGCAUAUAAAGAACUUGUUAAAGAUAUAACACCGAGGAAGGAUACCGAUGAACCUUUCUCAUCUUACAAAGAUCAGUUAGGAUUUGGUCUACAUGUUGCACUGACAAUGUUUACUGGGUUUUUGGUUGGAUAUGCUGCAUUCAGAGCUAUGUUCAAUCGCAGCCCCGCGAUGAGCGCUGCUGGGGGUGUCCUUGGAUUGGUCUUUGGUAUGCUCAUGGAAACACUUCUUUUCAUUAUUAGAACCUCAAGUCCUGAUAUUCGAUCAACAUCUUCCACUUCAAAGUUAAAGAAGAAUCAAUAGCAUUUUGGUUUAAGGAGUUAAUUAAACUAUUGCACCUCUCUGUCCAUCCUUUGAACACUAACGGGGCCAGUCAAGUACAUCAAGGUGCAAUUAGUGAUUUGAACUGUUGGUAAUGCUGCAGCAUUUAGCCAAAAAUUUUGAGAUGUGCAGUAAAUGAAUCAUUUUGUUUGUUGAUGGGAGAGAGGUCAAGAUUUCCUCAAGCUUACAUAUGAAGACUUUGUGAUUCGGGUGGAGCUCCUCGUAAGCAGAAUAUUCCUGUAAGGACGUGGCUUUUGUUAAUCGCCAGUUAUGAAUAUCUUACUAGAACUUCAUAAUGUUCUUUACAAUAAUGAUUGAUAACAGGGGUCCUUUUUUUUUUUUUUGGUCUGAGAUGCUCAGUAUGUACAUUGAAAAAGCUUUCAUGUGGGAUAUAUACAAGUGAUUCUGAGUUGCACAGUA